UCUCCCUCGAGCCGUUGCUUUUUUUUUAUUCGUCGCGGGAGCGGGGGUUCAGGCGUCUAGCGCGUCAUUUCUUUCUCUGUGAUAUUGGCCUCCCGGCAUGUUGUUUUCAGCAGUGAUUCGACCCUGUUCUUAUCUUUAAGUUUCGGGAGAUAAGAUAGAAAUCGAGCAAAGGCGACGAAAGUGUGCAGCGUUCGUGCCUUGAGAAAUUCUUGCGCCUAGUAUCCGUGUGAGCGAAAAAGAUAGUAUUGAAAAUUUGGCUUUGCAUUCUCGAAUCCGACGUUUCUUGCCCAUUUCCAGCGUCGCCUUGAAGCGAACGAUAGAAUGAAACUACAUUCCGACUCGAACCUGGCGGAUUUUCUUCCAGUCCAUGUCAGGAGAAAGCUGAGGCACUCCAGCCCACCUUAGCGUGCGAUGGAGGACCUGAGCACCUCAAUGCUCCCGCCAUCUCCAAUCGAUGAGCUCAAUGGCGACCAGGAGGAAAGUUACCUCUGCCCGUUGUGCUUGUACUCCACCACAAGUGCAGCCAUUCUGUUUCGGCAUCUAUUCAUACAUACUGGCAUCAGGCCAUACUGCUGCUUUGAGUGUGGAGAGCGCUUUUGCCAUCCCGGAGACUCUUCGAAGUCACCUGACAGAGAAGCACCCACGCAAACUCCCGCUUCACUGUGAACGAUGCAAGAGUGACUUUCGCUUCCGCCUAGAGCUCUGUCAGCACGAAGUUGUGUCGUCUUUGGAGACCCUGCACUACUGCUACUACUGUGGAAAAGGUUUCCUCUCGUCGUCGGAUGUCCUGCAGCAUGCCCGGACGUCUCACUUGCCUUCCAGGAAGCACGAGUGUGAUGUUUGUGGCCGCUUCUUCCCAACUUUCGAGAGCAUCAGCAUUCACAGCGUGUUUCACUUGCGGCACGGCGUCCCUUAUCAUCAAGUGGCUAUUGGUUCAAAAAAGUACACGAAAUUUCAUCGGAAGCGACGACCGCACCGCUGCCUUUUCUGCCCAAGGCACUUCCUGUACUUGGCAUCCUUGAAGAGGCACCAGCUCACGCACAAGCUCGAAAACAGUUCCUUGUGCCGCAUCUGUGACCGACCCUUCACGCUACCUUGCUCAGUUCAGGUUCACCUCAAGGAGCACGAAGAGGAGCUGCGGUUGUAUGCAGAGGAGCUGCCGCAUGGUAUCAUCCCCUCGGAGCCGCCGCACGAGUGCGAACUCUGUGGCAAAACCUAUUCCACGAGCAACAGUUUGCGGGCCCACCGGAAGACGCACAGUUCCGACCGACCGCACAAGUGCGACGUCUGUCAGAAGCAGUUUCUGCGCUCUUACGACCUCAAGCGCCACUUGCGAAUACACACCGGCGAGCGGCCCUUUGUCUGCGACGUCUGUGGCCAGGGCUUCUUCCAGUCCUCGGCCAUGCGCAACCACUUGCGCACCCACACGGGCGAGCGCCCCUUUUCCUGCGAUGUCUGUGGCAAGGACUUCACCCUGGCAUCCACAUUGCGGGGUCACAUGAAGAUUCACACAGGCGAACGGCCUCACCGCUGCGCCCUGUGUGCCAAGUCCUUCUCGCGUCCCUACGAGCUCAAAACGCACAUGCGCAUCCACACGGGCGAGCGCCCCUUCGCAUGCGGUGUCUGCGGCCUCGGCUUCGCCCAGGCCUCGACAUUGCGGACUCAUGUCAAGAUUCACGAGCAAGGGGGGGCGGCGUCCUUUGCCUGUCGUCUGUGCGGCGAGGCCUUUGCACAGGCGGCGGACCUCGAGGCGCACUCCAAGAUCCAUCUCGGCGAGCUGUCUCCGCAGCCGCCGGAGCCUGCGCUGCCGUUCCGCUGCAGCAUCUGCUCAAAGACCUUCACGCGACAGACGCACCUGCGCAACCACAUGAAGCUGCACCUGGGUCCCGAACCCUUCAAGUGCGAGGUGUGUGGCCAGGCAUUUUCACAGUUUUCUACCCUAAAGAGCCACCUGAAGGCGCACAUGGGCGAGCCAUCGUACUCGUGCUCAGCAUGUGGCCAGCACUUCCUGCAGUUUGCAGCGCUCAAAGCACACAUGGCACUGCACAGCAACGAGAAGGCACUCGUUGACUAGGCACAAAUUCCGGUGGUGCUUACUAUGUCACGUGGCGCACUGAGCCCUAUUUUCUUUGAUGAUGGUUUUGCCAAUAACCAAAGUGGGAAUGUACUGUAUUUUCCCAAAUAUAAUUCAACCCAAAGAGUGGGACAGACAUGCUCCCUCCUUCGUGACGUUAACAAAAGGGAAUAUGUUGACAAAAAAUUUGGAAGUGAACUCCAAAAGGUUCUGUUGUGUUGGUUGAGCCUCUGGUUUUAUUUUUUGAUAAAUUAGAUUCAUUAUAACAUUAUGAAGUUAUGCUGAUGCAGCUUUUAUCAUUGAGCUUGAUUGAACUAUUAUCACUGAUUUGCCAAUGAAGUGAAGUAAGGAAAUAUUGUAAAUGUGAACAGAAAGGCAAUCCAACCUGUUCAGUCCUUUGCGACACUGAUCACUGAUGAGAUUAAAAAAUAUCUGAAGCCAAUUGGGGAAAUAUUCACAUUGCCUGUAGAAACUAUUUAGCUGAUAUGAGGCUAUUGAUGUUAAGGCUCUUAGAAAUUGGAACGUUACUAUACGUGAAGAGUUCAUAGUCAUUUUUUCAACAUCACUGUAACUGAAUUUGUAGAGAACUGUAGUGAUGCUAUAGUUGAGCAUUUUAGUCAUUUAUGGUGUAAUCAUUCACCAUCAGUAACACAAAAUAAUUGAUUACCGUACUUUAGAUGACUGCCGAAAUUGAAGGCAAAUGCAUGCCAAACUACAAAUCACAAGUCAUAUUGGGUGUUUGUGUGCAGUUUGUGCACAUUCCUGAUGUACAUCUGUGAACAUUUGAUAUUACCUACGUACUUCAGGUCUUGGCAGGAACGUGGAAAAGCUUGUGGCUUACUUGUGGGUUGUUAAUUGCACCAGUGUUCUGGACGCACUGGUACUUUGUGUGCUUGCAGUUAUUUCUUGGAUUGAUUGACUCUGCUGUAAGCGCUUGACUAUGUGCACUUGCCUUUUGGCUGGCAGUGACACGCGGGUGUUGACAAAAUUGCAUCAUAGAGCAUAAACCACGCAAGCUACGAAAGCUUUAGUAAUCCACAAGCCUUUUGUUGCUUGCAUGAAUAAGAGAGCAUGUGGUUGUCUGAUAAUGAACAGUUAACAUGACAAUGUUCUUGUUGGGAGCUAUGCAAAAAAUAAAGCAAAAAAAUGCUUAUGUUUGCUUUCUUAAGUGUUUUGCAAGCACAAAAAGCUCAAAUUUUGUUUUCAUUUGAUAUUUCAUGAAUAUGACAAAUGGGUAUCAUGUGUUUCAAAUAAUAGGAAAUACAGGUACACCUUGACCUCACCCUUAGAGAUAUAAAAAAUGCCAUCUGUGGGUUGACUUAUAUUUGGGCCAAUGCAUUAUAUCUUACUCUAUGGUAUAAAUGUGCACAGUGGUGACACAUUAGAAAAACUUUAGAAAAUUUGACAUGUCGACAUACAGUUGAUGAAAAGUACUUUUACCAAGCCUGCCUAAGUUUCACAUUUGGCAACCGUGAAUUGGCAUGAUGCAAAUCACAAGCGUAAGAUUCUCUCUAGUGACGCAUCAUAUGUUUGUGGCAUUUGAACCUGUGAAUUAAACAAUAAUACUUUGUUAUAGCGUAUGUGUAUGCAAAUCUAAUAUAAUUUUACUUGUUUGAAGUGUAAUUGCCAAAAUAAACGGUUAAGUUACGUGAGUUACCGUAAAUUACCAUUUUUUAAGCGCAGGCGCAUUUUAUAGAGGUAGUGUGCUAACUACUUCAAUUACCUCUCAAAUAUUUAUUGAUUGAAUUAUGGUUAUCUGGCUUCAAUCUGGUCAAAAUGUGUGUGAACACUAUCAUUAACCCUGUAAUUGACCGAGUUAUGACAUGAAGCUCGCGUAACGUCUUCAAACAGCACACAGCUAGUGAGCAAAAACAAAGUGUGCACUCCUGAUUUUGGGUUUCAUUUCAGUGUGUGAAGGCCUUUGCAUUGAUCCAGAGUUCUCACAGAGGCGUGGUAUCAGGAGCAUAAGCCAACACGCAAUGUGUUACUGCUUUCGACAUAAAGAUGAAGCCCGUGCAAAAUUUUUGUGCCGUCGCAUGCCUGUCCUAUUCACUUUGCUGGCAUACAAGCGCGCUAAAAGUUUCCGUGCACUGUUUAUAGACUCAAACGUCAUUAUAUUGAAGUUGCAUGCAACCUGAAAAUAUAUUCGCCAUGUUUAGUAUUCAUAGAAGCAUGUAUUAUUUACACUCCAAUAUUGGCAAGAAACGCGUGGAUGUAGUUUUGUCGUAUUCGGCAAUUGGUAAUGCGCACAUUCAUUACAUCGAGUUUUGAGCGCAGAAGCAGCUCUCUGUGUACGUUGAACUGCACUGCGAGACGAAAGCAGCAGUGGUACGAGAAGAGUUCAGUUUUACAAUAAUACAAUCUCGCACUCUGUCCAGAGCGCGAUUUCGUUUUGCAACAUGGAGGAAGGACUAUUGGCACUCGUCCUAUUGUAAGGCCAAUCAAUGCAGGAUGUUAUGGCAGGUUACAGAAGUGAGAGAGUCCGUUGCACUUCCACAUUACUCAGGGUACUUCGUGUGGAAACCAGUGUUUGUCACUUUCGUCUGUCGUUGUCUGUGUGAGUUUGAAUUACCCUUUCACUGAGCUGUGGAAGGCACAUUAAACCGUGACAUUGCGCACUGUAAAGAAUCGUGCGACGUCGUACAACUAUGUAAGAGAAAAAAAGAAAUGUUGCACCCACUUUGUUCUGGUUUGGUGCUGUGGCUUCUACUGUUCGUAAUCACCACUUAGUCCGCAAUUAUUAAGCAGUUUCAGGUUACAUUUACAGACGUGAGUUUGGUGUGCGAGAGAGAAAAAAUAAAUGAGCAAUACUUUGUAUAAAAAACACAUUCAGGCCGUAAGUAAUUGUAGCUUGCAUGAAGGAAAGUACAGGUUUUACAUGCUCGCAUUCCUUCUCUAAAAAGUAAAUGUUGCUGCUAGAAUGAGGGAAGUGGCCUUUCACAGCUCAUGCUUCACAUUGGAUGUGGUGCUCCCAAGAAGUUACAAGAGUUUUGAUAAGUUUCAAUGCUCGCAGCCAUGAAAUUACCAGUGUGUGUUUUCAAGUGUAGUUUCAACGGUGCAACUGAAGACAAUAGCAUGAGAAAGAUUGUUCUGCAUCCAUGGCAGGAAAAUUA